AACGAGUAAAACCAAAACCUUGUUGAACUCUGCGAACGUGGUAAUCGUAAUCAGUGUUCUCAGUCAUACUCGUACUCGCGGUAGUCGCUUAGUUGCUUCACCGUUCACCCGUUCAUCGUCCAAGACGAGUAUUUCAAGUGUACAUUCGCGAGCCAUAAGUACUUUUUUAUUUUACUCGAUUUAUUUCGUUAAUUUUUUCUUUCUUUCUUUCUUUUUCUCGAUAGAAUACCGAAUUUAUUAAUGCGAAACACAUCGUCUGUCGUGUUCGGUGUGUGUGUUUAGUCGUCGUCGUCGUCGUCGAAAUCUCGUAUACUUAUAUGAGAAUAAUAAUUAUGAGUAAAUUCGCGUAUAUUUGCGCCGUUUUGUUGGCCAAUUUAUCGGCCUCGUUGUGCAAUUCGACGGAUAAACCCGUUAAAAGUGAAACGCUGCCGUCCGGAUUGAAAAUUGAUUACAUGUUCAUCCCGGAUCCGGAAGUUUGCGAACCUAAGUCUAAAAAAGGAGAUAUGUUGACGAUGCAUUAUACUGGCACGUUGCAAAACGGCGGCAAAAAAUUCGAUUCUAGUCAUGAUCGAGAUCAACCAUUCACUUUCCAGCUGGGUGUCGGACAGGUGAUCAAAGGAUGGGAUGAAGGUUUACAAAAUAUGUGCGUUGGCGAAAGAAGAAAGUUAACCAUUCCUCCUCAUUUGGGUUACGGAGAUAGAGGAGCAGGCACAGUGAUCCCUGGUGGUGCCACUUUACUAUUCGACGUCGAACUGAUCAUGGUCGGAGAUCACGCUCCAACCACGAAUGUAUUCAAAGAAAUCGACAUGAACGCCGACAAGCAAUUAUCUCGCGAAGAAGUCAGCGAAUAUCUGAAGAAACAAAUGUCCGCUGCCGAAGGUACCGAAGGAGGCGAAGACAUCAAGACAAUGUUAGCCGAACACGAUAAACUAGUCGAAGAGAUAUUCCAGCACGAAGAUAAAGAUAAAAAUGGAUUCAUCAGUCACGACGAAUUCUCCGGACCGAAACACGACGAAUUAUAGAAUCGAAAAUAGGUACAUUAUUAUAACGCUGUGAAAAUGGAAAAAUAUCCCAGUAGUCGUGCUCGUGGUGUCGUUUUAUUUUGAAAAUUAUUUUCUAAUUUCGUGAAAAAUAUACAUAUACGACUGAUAAAAUUAAAAAAGUUUUUAUUCUCGUUACCAAUCGAGCAUUUUUUUUUCUUGUAAAAAUGGUAAUUUUUUUGUACGGUGGGUUUUGAGAAAUUUUUUUACGUAGGGGGAAUUACCAUAAAUAAAUGAAUGAGGCGAAAGAGUUAUAAUUUCUACUUUCUUUUUUUCUUUAUGUGUUGUAUUUUUUUUUUUUUUUUUUUUUUUUAAUGAUUAUCUGUAUUAAUAAAUCUCGUGUAUAUUAUGCGGAAUAGUUGUAGGUAAAUUUAUAUUCUGAUAAUUUCAUAAUAUACAACCAGUUACUUCUGUUUUCAUGAUCUACAAUUUUCAACUCUUCUUAUGUGAUCGCGUGUAUUACUUUACUUCCGUAGAUUUUUGUACUUAAUUUUUUCCAUUCGAAAAGUUAUUCUCGUUGAAGCUCAUCUUUGUUUAUGGGUUUUUUAAGUUGACGGAGUUCGUCUUAUUUUUCUACAAAUUCGAAUUACAAUGAUAAAGAUAAUUAAGUACAAAUAUUGUUAUUUGAAUUUAUUCUUAUACUUUGUUGUUUGCUUAAACUGUGUUUUAGAUUAAUUUAUAUUUUAUAUUGGCAUUUGUAUUGUUUGUACGAAGCAUUUUUAUUUUUACUGAUUACAGUAUAAAUGUUUUGAUUUUGG